GAUGGCGCUCUUCGUGGCGGGCCUGGCUGCCUCCUUCCUCCUGCAAGCCACCCUCGCUCUGAACCCCGAGGACCCCAACGUGUGCAGCCACUGGGAGAGCUACGCCGUGACUGUCCAGGAGUCGUAUGCACAUCCCUUCGAUCAGAUCUAUUACACGCGAUGCACAGAUAUCCUCAACUGGUUCAAGUGCACCCGGCACCGGAUCAGUUAUAAGACGGCGUAUCGGCGCGGCCUCCGGACCAUGUACCGGCGGAGGUCCCAGUGCUGCCCUGGCUACUACGAGAACGGAGACUUCUGCAUACCCCUGUGUACGGAGGAGUGCGUGCACGGCCGCUGUGUCUCCCCAGAUACCUGCCACUGUGAGCCUGGCUGGGGAGGGCCUGACUGUUCCAGCGGCUGCGACAGCGACCACUGGGGUCCCCACUGCAGCAACCGGUGCCAGUGCCAGAACGGCGCCCUGUGUAACCCCAUCACUGGCGCCUGCGUGUGUGCCGCCGGCUUCCGCGGGUGGCGCUGCGAGGAGCUCUGCGCGCCGGGCACCCACGGCAAGGGCUGCCAGCUGCCGUGCCAGUGCCGCCACGGGGCCAGCUGCGACCCUCGCACCGGGGAGUGCCUCUGCGCACCUGGCUACACCGGCGUCUACUGCGAGGAGCUGUGCCCCCCUGGGAGCCAUGGAGCUCACUGUGAGCUGCGCUGCCCCUGCCAGAAUGGGGGCACCUGUCACCACAUCACUGGCGAGUGUGCCUGCCCUCCAGGUUGGACGGGAGCGGUGUGUGCCCAGCCCUGCCCACCAGGGACAUUUGGCCAGAACUGCAGCCAGGACUGCCCUUGCCACCACGGAGGGCAGUGUGACCAUGUGACUGGACAGUGCCACUGCACCGCUGGAUACAUGGGUGACAGGUGCCAAGAGGAGUGCCCCUUCGGGACCUUCGGCUUCCAGUGCUCGCAGCGCUGUGACUGCCACAACGGGGGCCAGUGUUCGCCCAGCACAGGAGCCUGCGAGUGUGAACCCGGCUACAAGGGCCCACGCUGCCAGGAGCGACUGUGCCCCGAGGGUCUGCACGGCCCAGGCUGCCUCUUGCCCUGUCCCUGUGACCCCGAGAACACCAUCAGCUGCCACCCCGUCACUGGAGCCUGUACCUGCCAGCCAGGCUGGUCUGGCCACCACUGCAAUGAGUCCUGCCCUGCUGGCUACUACGGCGAUGGCUGCCAGCUGCCUUGCACCUGUCAGAAUGGUGCCGACUGCCACAGCGUCACUGGGAGCUGCACUUGUGCCCCAGGCUUCAUGGGAGAGGUGUGUGCAGUUCCCUGUGCAGCAGGGACCUACGGCCCCAACUGCUCAUCCGUCUGUAGCUGUAACAAUGGUGGCACCUGCUCCCCGGUAGACGGUUCCUGUACCUGCAGGGAAGGGUGGCAGGGUGUGGACUGCACCCUGCCGUGUCCCAGCGGGACCUGGGGCUUGAACUGCAAUGAGAGCUGCGCCUGUGCCCACGGGGCGGCCUGCAGCCCCUCCGACGGCUCCUGCACCUGCACCCCGGGCUGGCUGGGGGACACCUGCGAGCUGCCCUGCCCUGAUGGCACAUUCGGGCUGAACUGCAGUGAACGCUGUGACUGCAGCCAUGCUGAUGGCUGUGAUCCAGUCACAGGCCACUGCUGCUGCCUGGCUGGAUGGACAGGCAUCCGCUGUGACAGCACAUGUCCACCCGGUCGCUGGGGUCCCAACUGCUCCGUCUCCUGCAGCUGCGAGAACGGGGGCUCCUGCUCUCCAGAGGACGGGAGCUGCGAGUGCGCGCCUGGCUUCCGAGGACCCUUAUGCCAGAGAAUCUGCCCCCCUGGAUUCUAUGGCCACGGCUGCACCCAGCCUUGUCCCCUCUGCGUGCACAGCAGUGGGCCCUGCCACCACAUCAGUGGCCUCUGUGAGUGCCUCCCAGGAUUCUCCGGAGCCCUCUGCAACCAAGUAUGUGCUGGAGGGCACUUUGGGCAGGACUGUGCCCAGCUCUGCUCCUGUGCCAACAAUGGGACCUGCAGCCCCAUCGAUGGCUCCUGCCAGUGUUUUCCUGGAUGGAUUGGCAAGGACUGCUCACAAGGUUGCCCAGCAGCAUUUUUUGGGAAAGAUUGUGGGCGCGUUUGCCAGUGUCAGAAUGGCGCCAGCUGUGAUCACAUCAGCGGCAAGUGCACCUGCCGCACAGGCUUCACUGGGCAGCACUGUGAGCAGAGAUGUGCCCCGGGAACCUUUGGCUAUGGGUGUCAGCAGCUCUGUGAGUGUAUGAACAAUGCCACCUGUGACCACGUCACUGGCACCUGUUAUUGCAGCCCUGGAUUCAAAGGAAUCAGGUGUGACCAAGCUGCCCUCAUGAUGGAAGAGCUGAAUCCCUACACCAAGAUCAGUCCAGCUCUGGGUGCAGAGCGGCACUCAGUGGGUGCUGUCACAGGCAUUGUCCUCCUGUUGUUCCUCAUCGUGGUACUGCUGGGCUUGUUUGCCUGGCGCAGGCGGCGACAGAAAGAGAAGGGGCGGGACCUGGCUCCCCGUGUCUCCUACACACCUGCCAUGAGAAUGACCAGCACUGACUACUCCCUCUCAGAUUUGUCUCAAAGUAGCAGCCAUGCCCAGUGCUUUUCCAAUUCCAGCUACCACGCACUGGCGUGCGGGGGGCCUGCCACCAGCCAGGCCAGCACUCUGGACAGGAACAGCCCCACCAAGCUCAGUAACAAGUCCCUUGACAGAGACACAGCAGGCUGGACCCCCUACAGCUAUGUGAACGUGUUAGACUCCCAUUUCCAGAUCAGUGCCCUGGAGGCCAGGUACCCGCCCGAGGACUUCUACAUUGAACUUAGACACCUCAGCCACCACGCUGAGCCACACUCGCCAGGUGCUUGUGGAAUGGAUAGACGUCAGAACACAUACAUUAUGGACAAAGGCUUCAAAGAUUACAUGAAAGAAUCCGUGUGCAGUUCUAGUACCUGUUCCUUGAACAGCAGUGAAAACCCUUAUGCCACAAUUAAAGACCCACCCAUCCUCACCUGCAAGCUUCCAGAAAGCAGCUAUGUAGAAAUGAAGUCGCCUGUGCACAGGGGGUCUCCGUACACAGAUGUGCCAACCUUGUCGACAUCUAAUAAAAAUAUAUAUGAAGUUGAGCCCACAGUCAGUGUGGUCCAAGAAGGCCGCGGUCAUAACUCCAGCUAUGUCCAGAAUCCAUACGACCUACCUAGGAACAGCCAUAUUCCUGGUCAUUAUGACCUUCUCCCAGUAAGACAAAGUCCUGCCAAUGGGCCCUCCCAGGACAAGCAGUCUUAAAGAGGGAUAAGCUUCUCUCUUACAGUGUUCUCUGCUGAAUAUUCUGACUCUCUGAAAGAAGACAAUCCCUUGACUUGAAAUAAUGGUACAGAUUGACUCCAGCUGCAUAUUAGUUCACCUGGAACUAAAGAAGAGCUUCCAAGUGGGACUGGGGUAACUAUUCAAGGAAGUCUGUUCACAAAGGCAAAACCUGUCACCUACCCACCCCAGCCCCAAUGCCCUGGAUUAUGAGAUUUUUUAAAAACAUUUAAGAUACCACUACUCAUCAACCUCAACUAAAUACUGUAUAU